AUGGCCCCCGACGACGCAUUUUCUAGGCUUGCUUCACCACCCGAAAGCCCUUACUUAUGCACCUCUUGUAUCAAAGCCUUAAAUUAUGCCGUAGAUGGCAGUCGCAGAAGUGCCCCCGGCCACUUGACACGCUCUGGUUUUCUCGAGGCUGUAGCAAACAAAUGCUUUAUCUGCUGGCGACUAUUUCAGACCCUCGACAGCACCUGUCAAGAAUUUUUACAAACGCUCGCUCGAUACAAGCACCUAGAGGAUCCAGAAAGGGAUUAUUACAACUCGUUAACCAGCCUGUACAAUAUCAAGGGCGAGGCCAAUGGCCCCGAAAUUUACGUGCUCUCUGAGUUUCAUACAGACUGUUGGACGUGGAAUCUCGACCCAGCGACACUUCCGGAUUUGGCCCGUGUCGUCGAAGUCAUGGAUAAGGGCAAGAAUUUUAGCUUCGAACAUGUUCUCGUCAAGAUGGAUGAUGACACUGAAGCCUCGUUUUCUCAGUGGAUCAAAUCCUGUGCCGGAUUUGUUGAUGCCCCGGCAUGGGAGGAAACAAUCGAUCUUAUUAGGCAGUGGCUCCAGGCUUGCGUCUCUGACCAUCCGCAGUGCGCUCAUCGUGCGGAGGACACGGGCUGGUUUCCUACCAGGGUUCUCGAUCUCGGCCCUCCAGAGCCCACUGAAUCUGGUAGAACAACUGUGAAGAUCAUCGCAAGAGAACAAGUUGUGCCUGGCAACCGCUAUGUCACCCUGAGCCACCGCUGGAACCCACUCAUCCCCAAGCUGACCUCCUGGAACCUCGAGGCCUGGUCACGUCGGAUACCCGUUGAGGCUUUGACCAAGACAUUUCGUGACUUCAUAACCGUAUCUCGGCUUCUGGGCUUUCGAUAUGCUUGGAUUGACUCGCUUUGUAUCAUCCAGGAGAGUGAACACGGAGGCUCCGACUGGACCCAAGAGUGUCUGACGAUGGAUUUGAUAUACAGAAACUCAUUUUGCAACCUCUCGGCAGACUGGCCCACUGACUCAGAUGGGCUUUUCCUCGACCGAAAAGUGCGACAGUUUGAUCUUCCUAUCGUCAGUAUAAACUUUCCAAUCUGGAAACACCACGAAUAUAGCAAAGACAGCGAACUCAGCAAGAGACAAGGGUUUGAAUACCUCUUGGUAGAUGGCACCUGGCAAUGCGAGGUAACCAACUCACCAAUCAAUUCUCGAGGUUGGGUUCUCCAGGAACGCUUCCUAUCACCACGCGUACUUCAUUUCUGCCGAAAUGAAGUCUUUUUCGAAUGCUGCGAGGGGUCAAAAUCGGAGCGGUUUCGAGAAUCUAUACCGGCAAUUGAUAAGGUUGCUUUUAAGCCCUUCAAGAACCUUGUCAAGGAAUUUGUUGGCACAUAUGAUACUGCGGCUUGUCACCGGGUGUGGAACAGAGUCCCAGGGAUCUACAGCAGAUGCACCCUCACCUAUCCCGAGGAUAAGCUUGUUGCCAUCUCGGGCAUUGCGCGCUACCUCAAAACUUUUCUGGUAGAUGAUGUCUACGUAAUGGGCAUUUGGGCCUUGGAUAUCAACGCUCAGAUGCUCUGGAUGUGUUUUGAGAACAAGAUUAGAGCCCGUGCCAUCGACUUCCAAACCCUAGGUGAAAUCGAACCCCUCACCGAGCCCGCCGUCCAAACAGUCUCGACACCUCUUCGGCAGUGCAAAGGACCGACCUUUUCUUGGGUAUCAACAAGCCUGCCUGCUUCCUUCUCCAUUCCCUACCCCAGGGCUACUUGUACAUGGAAACUGGUCUGCGAAUGUACAAGAUUGGUCAAGUAUCGACAGGGAGAGGUCCCAUUUGAUGAUGAACCCAUCACCGAGGACAUAUUCGAUUAUCCUGGUCAACCAAUGGUAGAGCUCAAGGUGACUGGUCUCCUUCGUCGAGUCAGGCUGAUAGAUACUGGAGAUACGUACUUGGGUGCCGUGUUCCUCAAUGAGAAUGACGGUAGACCUGGGCGUCACAAAUCCUUGUGGAACAGUACACCCAAAAAGGUAUUUCUGGAUUUUACUGUCGAUCCUUUAGAAAUCCCUAACAUUGAGUCACGAGUCUGCUUCUGUAUUCUCUGGGCCGAAGCUAAUGUCAAUAUGAGCGUUGGGAAGCGCUUGAUCUCUAUUGUCCUCGAGUUAGUCGAUCCAGAAAUGGGUCGCUUUCGCAGAAUUGGGGUAAUCGGGCACCGCUCACCGAUUCCAGGACCCGUGAUAGAGUUUCCUGGCUGGGAUUACGACCCUGAGACGCGGCUGCACACCAUCUAUAUUAUUUGA